CUUGUUGAUGCUUGCUUGGCAUGGCCCUGUGAUCAGAUGGGGCAACACUCAAAGGGGCAUAUGUUUAUGGAUGACCAGGGAGCCCCUGCCCAAAGUCUCUGAGGAAUGGGGGCCCAGGGAGCCCCAGCCAAUUGCUCUCAGCAACUCAACUAGCUGCCUACCUCCGGCGGCUUAUGGGGCACUGUCCUGCACAGUCCUGCUAAGAUGCUCCUGGCCUCUCCCUCCACCCCAUCCAGAGCACGGACCCCCAGCGCGGUGGAGAGGCUGGAGGCUGACAAAGCCAAGUAUGUCAAGACGCACCAGGUGAUAGCGCGACGCCAGGAGCCAGCCCUGCGCGGGGGUCCUGGGCCACUCACGCCGCACCCCUGCAAUGAGCUGGGGGCCCCUGCAUCACCGAGGACUCCCAGGCCCGCCCGCCGGGGGAGCGGCCGGCGGCUGCCAAGGCCGGACUCUCUCAUCUUCUACCGCCAGAAGCGGGACUGCAAGGCUUCCGUGAACAAAGAGAACGCCAAGGGUCAGGGACUGGUGCGGCGCCUCUUCCUGGGCACCACCCGAGACGCCACCUCCAGCAGCCCAGGCCCAGCGGAGCGAUCUACAGCUCCUGGGGGUUGGGGGACGCCCAAAGGUGCCCCGGAAGAGGUGGGAAAGCGGGCGCUGUGCCCCACGUGCUCACUACCCCUGUCCGAAAAGGAGCGCUUUUUCAACUACUGCGGCCUGGAACGCGCGCUCGUGGAGGUGCUGGGUGCUGAGCGCUUCUCUCCGCAGAGCUGGAGCGCCGAUGCCAGCCCCCAGGCCGGAACAUCGCAGCCACCCGCCUAUGGGGACACCAGCGACUGGACGUCCAGCGAUGGAGGCGCUGAUCACUCAGAUCGUUCAGGCGGAGGACGCGGCGGCGAAGGCUCAGAGGCGGCAGGCUCGGAGCGGGACGGGCGCCCCCCGGUGUCCGUGGUGGAGCGCAACGCACGCGUCAUCCAGUGGUUGUACGGCUGCCAGCGCGCCCGUGGCCCGCCGCGCGAGUCUGAGGUGUGACCGCAGUCACUCGGGAGCGGGCUCCCGGGGAGUCUAGGGUCCGGGGAUGAUCGGGGAGUAAGCAUGGGGCUGGACCCGGGCAUGAGCAGGGAUGCCCUGCCACUGACACAGACUGACUUUUGGCAAGCCCCCCCUUCUGGAUCUGGGCUUCCCCAAAUAAGCAUAGGGGCAUGGGACAAAAUGAUUCCCAAGGCCCUUCCUAGGGCAGACAGCGGAGAUGGAGUGGCGGCCUCAUGGCCCCUGUGGAGGUGGGUCUGGGGAGUGAAGACUGGGCUUAGAAUUUCAGAGAACCUGCUGAAUAAAGUCAAAACGUUAAGCCA